AAACUUACCUUGAAGCUGCUAUGUGCGGCGCUCUGCUUCGGAAUGGCAGGGACUUCGCGAGGUCUCGAUGAAGGGCUCAUCGCCAGCACAAUAGCGGACAAAUCAUUCAUCGAAAAUUUCGGUCUUGAGGCCGACUAUCUCAGCGCUGCGCAGCAAGCGGACCGACAGUCGAAUGUCACAACCAUGGUCACGAUCGGGUGUCUACCAGGCGCCUUGCUUGCUUUCAUUUGGAGCGAGAAGAUCGGCAUGCUUUGGGCCAUGCGGCAGGCCUGCGUCCUUUGGAUUGUCGGCUCCAUCGUCUUCUUGACGUCUCAUACUAUCGGGCAACUCUAUGCUGGCCGUUUGAUUAUGGGAAUGGGGAUCGGUCAGUUCGGGGUUCUGUCACCGGUUUAUUUGGGUGAAGUGGCGCCUCGGGAUAUGCGUGGGAUACUGAUCGGAUUGUUUGGUAUGUCGGAGUACUUGGGUAUCAUGACUGGGUAUUUCUCCAUCUGGGGUGCCUCUAUCCACAUUUCGGACUCGAGCUCGAAGCAAUGGAUCAUCCCGCACAGUGUCCAAAUCAUGUGGGCGGGGAUGCUACUCAUAUUCUCGAUAUUCUGUGAGGAGAGCCCGCGAUACAUGUGUAAAAAAGGGCGUCAAGAUAAGGCGGCGGAGACUCUAGGAAAGCUAUGGGACUUGUCGGCAUUUGACCCUGCCGUUCAAGACGAGAUCACCAGCGCACAACGACAGCUAGAACUGGAAUAUGGGCAUUCAUCUGCACGAUCGUUCUUCGGGACCCUGAAGAGCCUGUUCACAAGCAAGGAGAACCUUAAACGCAUCGCAUUUAUCUUCACCUUACAGUGUUUGAUCCAGUGGUCUGGCCCUACUUCUAUAACUACCUACGCGCCCCGUCUUUUCGCCCUCUUCGGCAUAAAAGGCCAAUCCCAAAAGCUCUUCACGACCGCCAUCUUCGGCGCCGUGAAGUUCGCCUCCUCGCUCGGCUCCGCGCUCUUCAUGAUCGAUCUCCUCGGCCGGCGCCGAACACUCUAUAUCGGACUAACCCUGCAACUCCUCGCCUUUAUCUACUGCGCCAUAUUCCUGACUAUUUACUCAACCCUCUCCGAGACGGCCCAGGAGGCACCGGCUGCCAGACACGCGGCCAUCGGCGCCAUCGUCAUGAUCUACUUGAUUGGCGUGGCGUGGGCGUUGGGGUGGAACUCCAUCCAGUAUAUCAUCACCGCGGAGAUCUUUCCGCUGCAUGUGCGACUGGCGGGGUCCAGUUUGGUGACUGUUUGGCAUUAUGGGAAUAGAAUGGGGAUUUCGAAGGCCGUCCCGACUAUGUUGCUCGAGCAUGGAUCUCUGGCGCCCAAGGGCACGUUUUGGUUCUUCUCGGCUGUGUCGGUCGUGGGGAUGGUUUAUACAUGGAUGUUUCUGCCAGAGACGUCGAAGAAAGGGUUAGAGGAGACCGGGGAUUUGUAUACCAAGGGGAGAGUUUAUGGGCAAGAGAGUAAAUAAAAGGUGUUUAUGAUUGGGCGGACGUCGAGAAAGGGAUCAACAGG